GAAACUGUUCAGGAGCAGGGCCAGAGUCCUUCAAGAGAUGGCGGGCCGAGCUUGGAAGACGUGUCUUCUUGUCUACCUGGGGAUCGGGCUGGCGUUAGCUAAUGUUUGUACCAAAAUCGGUCCCCUUGGUAUGAUAACUGGUGAGAUAAAAGACUGGCAGGUAACGGCGUCCUCGACCUACCCAAGAUCAUGGGACAGAAAAUGUGAUGUCAAAUAUGCACGUGUUUACCUACCAAAUAAAUACGGGUGGUGCGCAAAAUACAAAUCUUCCUCAGAAUGGCUGAAGAUUGACCUUGGAGUCGCGGCCCGGGUAACGGGUGUUAUGAUCCAAGGUCGAGGUGAUGGGAAGGAAUGGGUGACGUCAUUUAAGGUAUCCUACAGUAUGGACGAUUACAACGAGGAGUACGUUACUGACCAGUAUGGCAACCACAGGGUGCUGGAGGGGAACACUGAUGCCUACUCUGUAAAACAUGUAUACUUGGAUCGACCAAUCCUAGCUCGAUAUGUCAAAUUCCACACUGUAGCCUGGCACAGACAUCCGAGCAUGCGCGUCGAGGUUCAGGGCUGUCAAUUGUGUAAGGAAUAUAUAGGCCUACCGCCCUAUGGCCGGAUCACAGCCUCCUCCUCCGGAAAACACCGUCGGAAGAGUUCCUGCCAGCCAGAGGAUGGUACCGUUCUCAGUAACAAGGGCUGGUGCGCCAAGCACAGUAACACUAACGAGUGGCUACAAGUGGAUGUUGGUCCUCCCACCCUCAUCACUGGUAUCAUCACCAAAGGACGAUCGGACAGUAAGAAACAACAUUGGGUCACCCGGUACAGAAUCUCCUACAGCAACGAUACGCUCUUCUGGUACAAAUACAAAGACCCACAACACACGGAGCCUCGGCCUCAGAAUCCGUGGUUAUGGAAAACGGGGAUUAACUCAUCUCGUCCGAUAUUAAUACCUGACAUAUAUACAGAAGAUGGCCUGCUUUUCGGUGGCAACAGUGAUAAAAAUACAGAGAGAGUGCAUUAUAUCAACUCUCCCUUCGUCGCCCGCUACAUCCGUUUCCACCCUCUGGAAUGGCAUGGCAAGAUAAGCAUGCGUGUUGGGUUGUAUGGAUGUCCUCACACAGGCGGCUGUGGUGAUGCUUUCAUGAGAGUGAACGAAGAUACACCAUGUGUUGAAAAUCUGGCAUACAAAAAAGAAGCAUGGAUCAACAGCAAACGUCAUUACAAACGUCAUAUCCGGAAUAGGAUCGUUCAUGGGCAUGCGUCGAGAGCUGUUGACGGUAGAAUAGAUGUGAGUCUGUCGAGUUGUACGAUCCUGGAUAAUCUCUACGGAGAUAACCCGAUCUGGACAGUGGACAUCGGCAAAAUCAACCCAAUAUCAGGUGUAGUCAUCUACACCUGGCAGGAGGGCACGACCCAAGACACCGGCGAAACAACAGCACUAGAGUCAAGUGAAGCUGGUACGCCGUAUAAAGAUGAAAUGAUGAAUAACCUGGAUCGACUUAUAAUUUAUGUGGAUGAUAAAUCGAAAGGAGAAGAUGACUCUAGUGUUUCCGGAAAUAUGUGUGGAUAUGUGUCCAAAAUCAACGGAGCAUUAUUCUCUCAGAAAAUCCACGUACAGUGCGUGCGUCCCCAGGACGGCCGGUACGUGUUGGUGGAGGCAUGGGGAGCCUCUAACAGUUGGAGUAGACUAUUUAGUGCUGUGCUAUGUGAAGUGAUGGUCUACGCGUGAUUAACGUAAUACUCCAACAAAAAUGUACCAAAUAUAACACAUUGUUCCUUAGGAAUCAUUGACUGUUUUUAACUCAUUGUGAUAUUUCUUUAAACAGAAGAUAACAUACUUCUGUUUUCGGGAAAGACGAUUAUUUAAAAAAAACAAUACUGCCAGUCAUCUGAACAGAAGCAACUUUACACGUGGUUUACAGGCCCGCAGUCGUACGCGACAACAGAAGGUUUACCGAACUUCAAAUAUUGGGAAAAACAAAACAAUAUUGGAACUAUACGAGCUUUUGGCACCAAGGAAAAAUUAUAACAACAUCAACCAAAUAUAAAAAUCGACUGAGGUAUUUAGCUGCUGAUUUCGAAUGUGGCCAAUCACUGGCCAUUGUGUUGAAGACCUAUAUAUUCUGCGCAGCACGUGUUAACGUUUUCUGAGAGGUUGUAAGUCAUUGAUGAAAUCCUUCUGUUUGGUGUAAACCGACACGGAAGUAUGAAUAACAUAACCGCCAGGUUGACAAAGGAUCAAGUUCUUGUUGACAAAGAGUAUUCAGGAUGGUGGUUUCACGGGCCGCACCCGCUCUGUUCAGAGCGAUGGUUCGGUGGACACACAUCUCUACCAAACAGGGUAAGAGACGCCGAACCAGACAAUUCACUCCGGAAUAUGACGGUGCGAUGUUCACAGUGGGAUUGUAUGUACAGUUGAUAGUGAUGUGAAUCGGUGCUAUGUAAAGCGGAUUAUCCCACAGGUACUAAGACAGGUACUCAGGUGUGCAGAGACGAAGGUACAAUGACAGAUGUGCUGAGGCACUAUGUACCUAGUGUGUAGCAUGCUGUUACACACAGGUGUGCUGUGUACUGAUAAGUACAUACUUAACACGAGUACCCCGGCUGUUGGUACCAAAGAAAUACAGACUAACGUCGGUAUUUGUAUCACAUACAAAGCAUACUUAAAACCAGUUAUUAAAGUGCCUAGAAAUACACAAAAUGGUGAAGUAUACUGGCGAAAUAUGCCAGAAUUUCGAUGUUAACUCCUGUACGAGUUGUAAUUAGGGCCCGUGCUAUUACCUUUAUUACUUAUUCCAUCGUAAUGUAAACUGUUCAAAGUAAAAUGUAUAGUCAGUUGUGUACGCCAUAUACAAAUAGGUCACGCGUGUGAUUCGUCAUCAGAUGUGUGCAUGCGCAGAACUAACGGAUAUUGGGACAACCGAUUGUGAUGACCAACUAUUUUAUAAUCGUAUUAUCCAUCAAAUGUAUAUGCAAUUCGCAUUAUCGUAAUUAUAAGGGAGAUGAGGUGAAUCAUGCAUUCUGUAACAUUUCCCAUCAACAAUAUACUAUAAAUGCAUUUGUUUGUAUAAUUCAUUGUUAUCUGAAUCUCGUGUGUCUUUUAUAAAGUCAUAUUUUUCUACAAUAAACUUCGCGUGCUUCUGGAGCAGAACAUGACGACACUAUAUAUAAGUCCGGUUAUCAACCGUGCAUACCCCAUAAUACCUAUCACCUGUCAGCGAAUAUCUCGUUUAACCAGGGUAUGUACCACCAUAUACACAGCAUAAUAACACGUGAUGGGUCACGUGUCAACGCUACAUACGACAAAUUGUAUCGAUGCCAUCAUUGCUAUUUAUAUGUUAAUUGAUAAUAUAUAUUGAACGAGAACCUGUUCGAAAGUUUCCUUAACAUCUUAAAAACAACAUCGACGGGACAUUUAUAUAUGUUAGAUUUAAUAAAGUGUACGAUUUUGUUUUGCUUGAUGCGUUGGCCAUCAUUAAGAUCGACAAAAUAAGACACAGCCAGUAUGUAUGUUAUAUCAAACUAUAUCUUGUAUGGGGUAUCCUUAUAUACGGACAUGUGAUCCGUGACAUGGUUGACUGUUGUAGAAUGAAAGUACAUUAAUCAAAUCUUUUAAAAGAUUUUUUUUCUGAAUAUUCAGGUGUCUGUCUAAAACAUCCACUGACCUUUCAGAGAAGUAUUUUUCGAAAAUGUGAGAGUGUUAUUCAAGAUUAUUCUAAUAAUUUUCUCUGAAUUUUGAUUUGUAUAUAACUGAGAAUAUGGUCUUUGAUACUAGUGUCUAGUGUAUGGACUGAACUAUUGUUGUAUGGUUACCGUAGCAAUGCUUGUAAAUAGGUUAUUGUUAUUGAUAUUAUUUAUUCAUAUCGUCGUGGUGCAUGUCAGAGUAUUGGGGUGUGAGGGUACGGUUAUCGUCAAACAAAUGCUCCAGUUCGGUGCUUAACACAAAUCAAAUUAAAAUUAAAGACAAUUGAAGUUUAAUUUGAUAUUUUUGAACCGGUCAGUAUCAUUAUAUUUUCCAAAGAUAUCAAAAUGAAAUUUGAUUGUAGUUUACAUAAAGUUAACAAGACCAAAUCCAUCUGUCGGUCUGUGGAGCUAAAACUGAAACACUUGUGUGGCGAUAUUCUACACAUACGUAUGAAUGGAUGUGUUGUUUUUGUAAAUUUAGUAUCAUAACAAAAGAAUAGUCCGAUAAUGAUAUGUUUUCGAUAAGGAGAACUCUUGUGAGUUCUCUCCAUGUAACAUUAAAUCCAAGUCGUAUAUCUUGCAUGACUAACAACAACUCCUCCCCAUGUGUUGUAGUGCUGAAAUACCCGUGUCAUUGUAUACUCAUUCAUACAUAAAAAUUUAGAACAGACGAGUUGGUGAAGUCUAACGCAUUUUCAUAUUACUGUAGUUGUCCAAGCGUUGGAAUAAGGAACGACCAAUAAACUUCAUUUUCCGAAACCUUUUAAAGAUUUACAGAUGGAAUAAUAUUAAAUACAGAAUUGUGACCUCAAUAGUUGAAAACAAAUGCUGAUAAACACUUGCGUUUUCGAAUUUGUCCACAAGGUAAUUCAACAUCUCUAUCAAUUCUCAGAGUACUACAAGUCAAUGAUUCGGUAGCCGAUUUCUUACUCGAUGUAGAUAACACCACUGAUACUUGAUGAUAAAGGACCAAUCCUUCUAAAUAACAGAGGGAUAAUAUCGUAGUUAUUUUUUUUCAAUAGAAACACAAAUAAACAAAACCGGUGUUGUAAUCUUGACCUCGAUAGAUAAAGCCUGUCUUCUGAUUCCAACUUAGCCUCUGUCUAUGUAUGUUCUUGUUUAUCGCCUUCGGGUAUUCUAAUAGUGCUAUUUUCUUCCCCACUUCCAUUUCAAUCACGUCUUCACUUUGUUCUUCGUUGAUCUGUUAUUACCGGAAAUACGUAAAAUUUACGUCAUCUUAUGCAUCAGUGAUGUAAUGAAUGACGUCAGUGUUGCGAAGUCGACACGUGUUUUGUUACACUAUCAGAAGUUCUGGUAAGGUAAUUUUUAGCUCCAAUUCUACAUUGCUCUAGUGUUUUUGUUUACAGUAAAAACAAACACAUGUUUGAUGGUAUUCAAAUCAAGAGUUGCGCAAAAUAUAAAAGCAACGAUUGCACCAUUUACAAACGUAAUGAUUAAAUAUUGUAUUGAUAUCAACGUACGAUUGUUACCAAAUCUGUGCAUGGUACUAAUUUUUGAUUUGAAUAUGUAUCUUACUGUAUUUGUUUGACUUUUGUGACCUUUGAAUUUGACCCCAGGACCCCUAGGCUUCCUGUGUGACGCUUUGAAACAGAACUGUUAUAUCGUUGUUAUCGGAUGUACAAAAAUGUUAAUAAAUUAUAAUACAAAAAACAAGAAAA